AUGUCAGAGCCCGUGAUAAGCAUAUAUCGCCCUGUUAGGAAUCUGACGGCGAUAGACUCCCAUGAUGACGUGCACAUGGACUCCGAAGUGGAGCUGGAUCAGGAUGGGCUUGACGGAAUAGAUAAACCUGAUAUGAGAAAGGAUAGUUCUCGUAGCUCUGUGGUUACGCCUGGUGAAUUGAUAACUGAUGACCCUGUUUGGAUGAAGGGACAUGGCGUCUAUUUCUUGGACAAUAUGACGUAUUCAGCUGUGGCGGGUAAUAUUUCACGAGUGAAUAGAUUAUUGAGUGUGACACCUCUACGGGGCAGAUAUGAGCCUGAGACCGGAGACCAUGUGAUUGGCCGUAUUACAGAAGUGGGUCAAAAGAGAUGGAAAGUCAACAUAGGGGCAAAGCAGGAUGCAGUGUUGAUGCUUGGUUCUGUGAACCUUCCUGGAGGCAUAUUGAGACGAAAGUCCGAGAGCGACGAAUUACAAAUGAGAAAUUUCUUGAAAGAAGGCGACUUACUUAAUGCUGAAGUUCAAACCAUUUUCAAUAACGGAAUGGCCUCUUUACAUACCCGCUCUUUGAAAUAUGGUAAGUUGAGGAACGGUGUUUUCUUGCUGGUACCUUCCAGUUUGAUCAUCAAACAAAAAAAUCAUUCAUUCGACAUGCCGGGGAACGUAAGCGCGGUAAUCGGAAUGAAUGGUUUCAUUUGGUUGAGUAAAACACAAUCGGAAUCCGUUAAAAGCAAGUCUUUUGCUGGCGCUUUGCCCGGUGAAAGCAAAUUGGCAAUUACAAGAUUAGAAGAAAGCUCAUCAUGGGAGAUCUACAGUGAUAAGAACGAUCCAACUAUAGAUGAAAACAUUCGCAAUAAUAUUAUCAGAUAUUAUAACGUUUUGAAGGCGCUAGCUUCCUGCGAAUUGGGUAUCACGGAACCAAGAAUAAGAAUGGGUUAUGAGGGAAGUAUGAUGUACUCAGAACCGGGGGCAAUAAUUGCAGCAGAGUCUCAGAGAAGCAUUUGUGAAGAUAUCAUCAAUAAUGAGAGAAUGAGAGGGACUUGA